AUGCCUCCGCUCGGGUUGAAGGCGAUUGUUGGAGAAAAGAUUAUGAAUGAAGUUAUCAAGAAGGUGAAAACUAAAGGGGAAUGGAAGGUUCUUGUAGUAGAUAAACUGAGCAUGAGAAUGAUCUCAUCCUGCUGCAAAAUGACUAAUAUUAUGUCAGAAGGAAUUACAAUUGUUGAGGACAUUACUAAACGGCGUGAGCCACUACCCACCAUGGAAGCCAUUUAUCUCAUUACUCCUUCUGAUGAGUCUGUGGAGGGACUUAUUAAUGAUUUCAGAGAUCCUCGGUCCCCAAUAUACAGAGGAGCUCAUGUCUUUUUCACAGAUGCCAUUCCAGACUCUUUGUUUAACCUGCUGACCAAAUCCCGUGCAGCAAAAGUGACAAAGACACUGACUGAGAUCAACAUCGCCUUUCUGCCCUAUGAGUCACAGGUGUAUUCUGUGGACAGACCCAAUGCCUUUCAGGACUUCUACAGCCCGUUUAAAGCAGAUGUGAAGAACCAGAUGCUGGAGCGCUUGGCUGAACAGAUUGCCACUCUCUGUGUCACACUGAAAGAGUACCCAGCUGUCAGAUAUAGAGGAGAGUACAAAGACAAUGCAGUUCUGGCUCAGAUGCUACAGGACAAACUUGAUGGCUUUAAAGCUGACGACCCCACAAUGGGUGAGGGACCAGAUAAAGCUCGCUCUCAGCUGCUGAUUCUGGACCGAGGGUUUGAUCCUGUCACACCAGUUCUUCAUGAGCUUACCUUCCAGGCCAUGGCUUAUGACCUACUGCCCAUUGAGAACGAUGUCUACAGAUACGAGACCAGUGGAAUGGGAGAUACCAGUAUAAAGGAGGUGCUGCUGGAUGAGGAUGAUGACCUGUGGGUUACACUCAGGCACAAACACAUUGCUGAAGUCUCCACGGCUGUAACCAAAUCUCUGAAGGACUUCUCUUCCAGUAAAAAGAUGAACACUGGGGAAAAGACCACUAUUAAAGAGCUGUCUCAGAUGCUGAAGAAGAUGCCUCAGUACCAAAAAGAACUAAGCAAGUACUCUACUCAUCUGCACUUAGCAGAGGACUGUAUGAAGCAUUACCAGGGUACAGUGGACAAGCUCUGCCGCGUCGAACAGGACUUGGCCAUGGGUACGGACGCAGAGGGAGAGAAGAUCAAAGAUCCCAUGCGAGUGAUUGUGCCAAUCCUCCUGGAUUCCAACAUCACCAUAUUUGACAAGAUCCGCAUCAUCCUCCUGUACAUUUUUCUCAAGAAUGGUGUAACAGAGGAGAACCUGUGUAAGCUCCUGCAGCAUGCACAGAUUCCACCAGAGGACAGUGAUAUUAUCUCCAACAUCGCACACAUGGGAAUUCCCAUCAUCUCAGAGCAAGCCACAACACGGAAGAAGAAAGCUGAUCGUAAGGAAAGAAUCAGCGAGCAGACCUACCAGCUUUCCAGAUGGACUCCUUUAAUCAAGGACAUCAUGGAGGAUGCUAUUGAGGACAAGCUGGACCCAAAGCAGUAUCCAUACAUCUCUACACGCACAGUCUCAUCCAAAACCACAGCAGCUACCAGUGCCCGCUACGGAAACUGGCACAAGAAUAAGAGUCCGAGUGAAAUGCGAACAGGUCCUCGGGUCAUCAUCUUCAUUAUCGGCGGCAUGACUUACAGCGAAAUGCGCUGUGCUUAUGAGGUCACACAGGCCAACGGCAAAUGGGAAGCUCUAAUCGGUUCCACACACACCAUCACCCCCCAAAAGUACCUAAAAGACCUGCAGCACCCAGACUUCCUGGACCCAAAUGCAGCCCCGGAGGACCAGGUCACUGCUGAGGACUGAGAAAGGGUUAAAUCUUUAUCUAGCAUGAGCCAGUACAGCAGAGGACUCUCAGCAGUCUUCCAAAUGUACAACUU